AUGGCGUCCCAGUUGAGGUUGUGGAGGCACGCCUCAAGGUACACGGCGCCAUUGUCGGUCAUUGUAGCAGCGCAUCGUCAACUGCGACGCCGUUUCGCAAGGUCGCGGAUCGCGAAACGUCCGACGACGAAUCGCAUGGCGUCGGUGCUGCGGGAGACGGCGGCGCACGCGGCCAAGGCCAAGAAGCCGCUCUCGGACCUCAACCAGAUUCGUCAAGCGAUCAAGGGUCUGCAAAAGGACGCGGCCGAGCAGCUGCAGCUCGAGAUGGAGUCGCAAGCGACGUUUGCGUACUUGAGCUCGCAGCUGCAGGCGCUCAAGCAGGCGUUUGAGACGCUCUCGGACGUGCUCAUGGCCGAGGUGGACGGUGUGCGCAAGAACACCAGCAAACGGCUCGAGACGCUCGAAAAUCAAGUCGACAAGCAAAAGGAGCUCACUCUUGGUGCCCAGCGCGAGCUGGAGCAGGCCAAGCGCGCGUGGGACGUCUGGAGCUUGAAAGAGCGGGACUGGGCCAAGGACCAUGAGAUUCUCAAAGCGAGCCACAGCCACAACAUUGAGUGGAUGCAAGCGCUUCAGCGCGACGUCAUGGAGACCAAAGACCGCGUGCACGAGCUUCGGCACGACCACGCGACACGAGCCAAACACAUGGCCGACGAGGCCUCGGACUUGCGCAUCCUGUGGCAAAAGCAAGUCGAGAGUCUUCAGGCGCAGCUCGCGGGUUUUGAGGCGUCGGCCGCCACGCACGCCCGCGAAACCAAGAUCCACGCGCAGCAGCGGCUCGACGACCUCGCCAUGAUGGAGCAGGCAGUCACAACCCUCUCGGGCCACCACACACGCCUCGCGCAAACCCUCGAUGAGGGUCUCCAGCACCUCCAGAGCGAAGUGGGUCUUGUGACGCGACGCACCGAGGCAAGUGAGCAGCGCGUUCACAGCAACACGACGCAGCUCGAGCAGGUGCGCGGGAAGCUCUUCGUCAUGGAGCGGGACCAGAGCCAGCGCAUGGAGAGCAUUAGCACCAUGUUUUCGGUAGUGGCUGACGCGAUGGCCAAAGCUUAG